UCAUCCCGAACCGAAUCAAACCUCGAAUUCAAACCUCCCGCACGGGUCAACUGCGAGAGUCAACUGCGGAAUAUACGAACUACUACCCUGGUGUACUGACGUGCGUUGUUUUCUGGUAAAUCCCGGACCCCUGCGCUACCGAGGGUGAUGUGAGUUGUGGACCAAAUCGUGACCGGAUGUGAGCAUCCUGCCGAGAUCCUGAAUAUCCGCGUGUGUCUACCUGAUGAACUGUCGCUACAAGCGCUUGCUACUCAUGCUAAGGACGUGCGCGUGCGUGUGAGCGUUGGAUUCGCAGAACGCUGAGUCGUCCUUCUCCACACCCGCGUGCAUGGGUGCUUCCGUGACCGGAACCAGCAAGUGAACGAAGCAAGGCGAACGAGACGAGUCAGAGCGCAAACAAAAAACACAAGCCUAUUCGCAACAGCCACAGGAAGGAAGGGUCCACAAAGACAGCCGGUUUCCAUUUUCCGUUUUGGUGACUAUGAAAGAUUUGGUCGACAUACCAACGACGCUGCACCAACUCAACAACCAGCGCCCGAUCAAGAGCAAGCGUAAUCGAUGGAACGUGGCAAUCUCGGACUUCGCCAGGCUCACCCAUAACCCGAUCCGUGCCAUCGUCGAGGGACUGAACAUCCAGCCGAACCCGGCCAAAAGCCUGAUCGCGCUCUCUAUCGGGGAUCCGACGACGUUCGGGAACCUGAAACCGUCACCGGAGACCGUCGAUGCCAUCCGACAUGCGAUCGAAGACGGCAGUGGUAACGGGUACGCACCCGCUAAUGGCCACCUGGAGGCGCGCGAAGCCGUCGCCCGGUACGUCCAGCAUCAAGGCCCGGUCACGGCGAACGACGUGAUCCUGUGCAGCGGUUGCAGUAGCUCGCUCGACCUGUGCAUCUCGGUGCUCGGUGGUCCGGGCAAGAACAUCAUCAUCCCGAAACCGGGCUUCUCCAUCUAUCGCACGUUGGCGGAGGGUUUCGGCAUCGAAUGCCGCACCUAUGAUCUUCUGCCGGAGCGAAACUGGGAGGCCGACCUGGCGCAGCUGGAGCAGUUGAUUGACGAGCAGACGUGCGCACUGAUCGUGACCAACCCGGGCAAUCCGUGUGGUAGCGUCUUCCCGCGGGCACAUCUGGAGGCGAUCGUCGCCAUUGCUGAGCGCCAUUACUUGCCGAUCAUCGCGGAUGAAAUCUACGAGCACUUCGUGUUCCCAGGACACGAGUUCCAUGCCGUCAGCUCGCUGUCCAGCCGGGUUCCGGUGUUGUCCUGCGGUGGUCUCACGAAGCGUUUCCUUGUGCCCGGAUGGCGCAUGGGUUGGAUCAUCGUACACGAUCGAGAUGGCGUAUUCGGCGAGGUACGCCGUGGUCUAGCGAACCUCUCCGUACGCAUCCUUGGCAGCAACACGCUGGUACAGCGCGCUCUUCCAGCGAUCCUGGACAACACCCCGGUUGACUUUUUCGACGAUCUGGUCGCCACGCUGCACUGCCACGCAGAGCUGGCGUACAAGGCGAUCAAGCAGAUCCGAGGUCUCAACCCGAUCAUGCCCGGUGGCGCCAUGUACAUGAUGGUCGGCAUCGACGUCGAGCACUUCCCCGAGUUCCCGACGGAUCUGAGCUUCGUCGAGGCGCUGGUUCAUGAGCAGAGCGUCUUCUGCCUGCCGGGUCAGUGCUUCGAGUACCCCAACUACAUCCGACUGGUGCUGACGGUGCCCGAGCAGAUGAUCGUCGAGGCUGUGAAGCGGCUGGAGGAGUUUUGCGAGCAGCACUACAAGAUCGACAACGACAAGCUACUGCUGCAGCAGAACGGACUGCUGAGUCAAAUGACACAGCUCUAAGGGAACGUUCGGCUUUAUGCAACCCUUUUCACAGAUAUGCCUAAUAGUGAUGUAUGUAAACACUCUCGGGAAAUAAAGGUGGAUAUUUUUUCUUUUUUUA